UUCUCAUCCGUGUGUUCAGCGUAAUAUUUGAGAACAAUUGAUUAACAAUUGAGAAAUCCUCGGGAAGUGAGACAUCAACAGUAUUGCCAUCACACAGCCUACAACAGGUAUUGUCCAGUGGGAGAAUUAUGAUUACGGCUCACAUCUAUGUGACACAUUGGACCCGGCAGGCCUGGAAAUGAGUCGAUCAUUGGAGACGACAUCUUUACUGCUGUGGAGUUCAUGCUGCUGUCACCCUUUUUUGCAUAAUGGCGAUAUUGAUGAUUAUUCGCAGUGUAAUGAGGAGAAACACCUGAUCAAAGACUUGUUCACAGGCUACAACAAGAAUAUUCGCCCGGUGGUUCAUCCUGAAGACAAGGUGGAGGUUCAGAUCAAGCUGACCCUCACUAACCUCAUCUCUCUGAAUGAAAAGGAAGAGACGCUUACGACCAAUGUGUGGAUUGAGAUUCAAUGGGCCGAUUAUCGUCUUGCCUGGAACGCAUCUGAUUAUUAUGGAAUUGAGCUUAUUCGUGUCCCAUGCAACACUGUUUGGCUUCCUGACAUUGUCCUUGAGAACAACAUUGAUGGCAAGUUUGAUGUGGCUUACUAUGCCAAUGUGUUGAUAAGCAACACUGGUUGGAUGUACUGGCUGCCACCUGCUAUCUAUCGCAGCACAUGUGCCAUAGAGAUCACCUACUUCCCAUUCGAUUAUCAGAACUGCACACUAGCUUUCAGAUCCCAGACGUACAGUGCCAAUGAGGUUGACCUCAUCUUGGCUGUUGGAGAGACAGCAGAGACUAUUGAGUGGGUGGACAUCGAUCCGGAGGCUUUCACAGAGAACGGUGAGUGGGCCAUCGUCCAUCGUCCAGCCAGGAAGAUGAUCAACAAACGGUAUUCCCCAGAUGACCUAGAGUACCAGGAGAUCCUGUUCAACCUGGUCAUCCAAAGGAAGCCCCUCUUCUACGUCAUCAACAUCAUCCUGCCCUGCUCCCUCAUCUCUUCGCUGGUCGUUCUGGCCUACUUUCUACCUGCACAAGCUGGGGGACAAAAGCUGACUGUGUCCAUCUCUGUCUUGCUGGCUCAGACUGUCUUCCUCUUUCUUAUUGCUCAGAAGAUCCCUGAGACGUCACUCUCUGUUCCUCUCAUUGGCAAGUACCUGAUCUUUGUCAUGAGUGUCACUACCCUCAUUGCCACCAAUCAAAUUGUGGUGCUGAACUUCUCCCUGCGCAGCCCAAGCACUCACACCAUGUCCUACAGCAUCAAACAUUUGUUCCUGGAAAUGGUGCCUCGCUUCCUGGGCAUGUCCCCUCUGGUGGAAGAGGGUGAGGAGACAGCAGAGGUAAACGGAGUGAGGGAGCGGCGGCGCAGCUCCUUUGGCCUCAUGCAGAGAGCAGAGGAAUAUGUGCUGAAACAACCUCGCAGUGAGAUGAUGUUUGACAAGCAGAGAGAGAGGCAUGGUCUCACCAGAUCAGUUGUGGAUAACAUCGAUGUCAGCAGCACAGCCAACUUGUACAAGAGUUUGGCCCAAGCUGCACCUGAGAUCAAGCAAUGUGUAGAUGCCUGCAACUUCAUUGCCGAGAGUACAAGACAACAAAAUGACAUUGGAUCUGAAAUUGAAAGCUGGGUCCUGAUCGGGAAGAUGAUUGACAAGGUUUGCUUCUGGGCUGCCAUUCUCCUCUUCAUCAUUGGCACAGUGGGGAUCUUCUUAACGGGACACUUCAACCAGGCGCCUGAGCUACCAUUUCCUGGGGAGAACAAAAGAUAUGUCCCUAGUUAAAUUAAAUCUAUUUGCCGUAAGGAAACAUUACCAAGGGUCACUGUGCCUCAUGCCGUCCCUACAGCUGAGAGGUCUUGCUCAUUGAGUCCAAGGCUCCGAUUGAGGGUUGAGUUAACAGAGAUGUGACAGCAAAUCUAUGUGUUCACACUCGAGGCUCAGACUUGCCUUUGUGAGCACUCGUCAAGCAGCCGAAGGUUUUCAUUCAAACUCGCAAGUUAGUUCUGAGUUCUCUGUGUUAAUGUAUGUUCUUUGGCUGUGUGCAUUGAAUGGGUGGAUCAGUUGUAGUUAACAAACUUGUGUUUUAAAUCAUUGCCAUCAUCAUCAUCUAAAUCAUACCAAGUUUAAUUAAUUAAUUGAUUGUGAUAUUUUGGGCUAUAAAACAAUGUUCAGGUCAAGGCAAGUCACCACCAUGCUAAGAAAGAAAGUCAUUGCUGUUACACUGAAGAACUUUUCAGAUUUUGCCAUAAGCACACACACACUAAUACACUGAUGAUCUGAUUUCAUUUGGUCUGCACAACUUGUUCAUCUUUCAUGGGCUCACAAGAAUCGUCCAUGUAUCACACUGAGAAACACAUCUGCUGAUAUCUGGAUAGGUUUCCCUGCAUGUACUAUGUCUUAUGUGAAGAAACUGUGCAUGUAACUUGAGCCAGUGACUCUGAAUCAAAGCCUUAUUCUUCUUACUAUGACUUAUUUAUUAGGAAGUCUUGUUAGGGUUAGAUGGCUCAGAGGCAUAUUGUCUUUAUUCAUUGUGCCAUGUUUUUUAAAUAAAUAUUUUAUUUUGUGCACUGAGA